GUUAAGUGUUGGUCAUUUGUCUUUGGGAGCCUGGGCAGCAGCAAGGCAGCCAUGGAGCUGCUGAAUGGGACUGGCCUGUGGUCCAUGGCCAUAUUCACAGUCAUCUUCAUAUUACUGGUGGACCUGAUGCACCGGCGCCAUCGCUGGACUUCUCGCUACCCUCCAGGCCCUGUGCCGUGGCCUGUGCUGGGCAACCUGCUGCAGGUGGACCUCAGUAACAUGCCAUACAGCCUCUACAAGCUUCAACACCGCUAUGGUGACGUGUUCAGCCUGCAGAAGGGUUGGAAGCCCAUGGUCAUUGUCAACAGACUGAAAGCGGUGCAGGAAGUGCUGGUGACUCAUGGAGAGGACACUGCUGACCGCCCUCCAGUGCCCAUCUUUAAGUGCCUGGGUGUGAAGCCCAGAUCCCAAGGUGUGAUCCUUGCAUCUUACGGGCCUGAGUGGCGAGAGCAGAGGCGAUUCUCUGUGUCCACCCUGCGCACCUUCGGCAUGGGCAAGAAAUCCCUGGAGGAGUGGGUGACCAAGGAGGCCGGCCACCUCUGUGAUGCCUUCACUGCCCAGGCUGGGCAGUCCAUCAAUCCCAAGGCCAUGCUGAACAAAGCCUUGUGUAAUGUGAUCGCAUCCCUCAUUUUUGCCCGUCGCUUUGAAUAUGAAGACCCUUACCUCAUCAGGAUGGUGAAACUAGUGGAAGAGAGUUUGACAGAAGUCUCUGGUUUCAUUCCUGAGGUUCUUAACACGUUCCCAGCACUGCUGCGCAUCCCAGGGCUGGCUGACAAGGUCUUCCAAGGUCAGAAGACCUUCAUGGCCUUACUGGAUAACCUGCUGGCUGAGAACAGGACCACCUGGGACCCUGCCCAGCCACCCCGAAAUCUGACUGAUGCCUUCCUGGCUGAGGUGGAGAAGGCCAAGGGGAAUCCUGAGAGCAGCUUUAAUGAUGAGAACCUACGCAUGGUGGUAGUUGACCUGUUCACUGCAGGGAUGGUGACCACCGCCACCACACUGACCUGGGCCCUACUGCUCAUGAUUCUAUACCCGGAUGUGCAGCGCAGAGUCCAACAAGAGAUUGAUGAGGUCAUAGGGCAGGUGCGGUGUCCAGAGAUGACAGACCAGGCCCACAUGCCCUACACCAAUGCUGUCAUCCAUGAGGUACAGCGCUUUGGGGACAUUGCUCCAUUGAAUUUGCCACGCAUCACGAGUUGUGACAUUGAAGUGCAGGACUUCGUCAUCCCCAAGGGGACGACCCUCAUCAUCAACCUGUCGUCCGUGCUGAAGGAUGAGACCGUCUGGGAGAAGCCCCACCGCUUCCAUCCAGAACACUUCCUGGAUGCCCAGGGCAACUUUGUGAAGCAUGAGGCCUUCAUGCCAUUCUCAGCAGGCCGCAGAGCAUGCCUUGGGGAGCCCCUGGCCCGCAUGGAGCUCUUCCUCUUCUUCACCUGCCUCCUGCAGCGCUUCAGCUUCUCCGUGCCCGUCGGACAGCCCCGGCCCAGCACCCAUGGCUUCUUUGCUUUUCCAGUUGCCCCCUUGCCCUACCAGCUCUGUGCUGUGGUACGGGAGCAAGGACUCUAAUUCCAGUCCAGCUCUACAGGGCAAGCUGAGCCACGUUUAAUAAACCAGUCUUUUGGC